AUGGCGUCGAACGACGACGACGAACCACUUUUAAAUACAACAAUAGAUAAUACGACGAAUGCUAAUCGUCGAUGUCCAACAUGUCAAGGAACAGGUCAAGUAACAACAUCACCCGGUCUCGUUGCCUUAAUUCCACUUGAUGAUGCUCGUCUUAAACGACGACCUGUAUUCUUAUGGAUUAUAUUAACGAUUAUUUUUUGUACAAUUAUUGCUUCAGCUGUUAUUGUUACUAUUCUUCCACGUUCUGUACAUUUAUCUAUAAAAAACCCAAUUAUUAUUGACGUUACAAAUGAUACAUUUCGAAACACAACUUGUUUUCGUAUAACAUUUACACAUCAAACAAUUGUUCGAUCAGAUAAUUGGGUACCAAUACGUUUAAUUAAUUUAACAACAUCAGUUGAACAUCAACUUCUACCAAUUGGCCCUAAUGCAGAAAAAAUCUAUGGUCGUAAAAUGUAUUUAAGACCAUUAGGUACAAUGCAAUCAAAUAUUACUGUACAACUUGAUUUUGAUACAAAUACAAUGGCUUAUCGUGCUUGCCAAGGUACAUUUCGGCAGAUGCUUUUAUUUAAAUUGCAAGCAACAUUAACCUACGCAGAUUUUCUUCUUGGUCGAAUUCAAACAACAAAUAAUGUUUCUUAUCAAUACGUGCUAUGUAACAAAGGAGAAUGGAAGCCACAUGAAAGUAUUGUAGAAAAUAUUACUAAAAACGUUUGA